UUUUACCUUAUUGACAACCUCAAAAUCUGUCAACUUAACUACCAGUAAUAAUUUUUAAAAACCUGUGACCUAUAUUUAAAAUGUGUGGCUUUUAUUUUUUUUUAUUUUUUUAAAUAUUUAACCUGAAGCUCUUUCAGCUCUGCUUCUAUAUAAUUAAUACUCCAUGCAAGAGCCAAUUUGGCAUAAUGGUUAAGGCAUCAGAGUACAAACUGAAAGACUGUGAGUUCUAGUCCUGUCUUUGACAUGAAACCAACUGAGUGACCUUGGCUCCUCACUUUCUAUCAGUUCUAGGAAGGAGGCAAUGGCAAAUCACUUCUAAAAAAACUUGCCAAAAAACUGAAGAGACUUUUCCAGGCAGACUUUGAGAAUUGUAGACAGUUGAAAGGAAGAAAAGAAAUGAAUAUGCUCUAAACAAAUAGGUCUCUUAAUAGUUUACACUUUGAAUACAAAAAUUCUACUUUUGAUGUUCACAGGUUCAGUUCAUUCUAGGCAAAAGUGAAUUAAGUUUAUAUGAAAUGCUGAAGAAUCAAACCUAACCUCUGGGCCUUUUAUAAAUAUGUAAUUUAUUUAUUUUUCCCAAGCACACAGAAGUGAUUUGCCAUUGCCUUAUUCUGGGGUGUUUUUCAAUUUUCUAGUAUAGUCUGGAGCAAGCAUGUCAAACUCGUGACGUCAUGUGACGUCGCGCGACGUAUAGGGACUUUUUCCCCAUUGCCGGCAAUGGGGUGGUAUGGUUUCGGCGUGACGUAUCCAGCCUGGGGACCAGCAGUUUGACAUGCCUGGUCUGGAGCAUUGAUAUUUUCUGCUGUUUUGUCAAGUGCUAACAAAGUUUAUUCUGCUUACCAAUCUGGUUGCAGCAGUGCUCUGUAACUUAUAAUAAGAUGAGAAUGCAAUAAGCGUGUACCUAGGAUAUAUCCUAUCUUAAUUAUCCAAAUUAUGGGUCUAAUAAGAUGUAAGCAGAGAUCUAAUUUGAGAGGAUUUUCCCCUAUUAGAUUUGUUCAGCUGUUUGUCAUUCAUAUAGUUAGAACAUAAACUUGAUAUAUGGAGUUUUAUAAGUAGAUUGAGGCAGAGAAACAUUUGCGGAAAUGUUUUUUGCUUGCUUCAGCAGAAACAAGAAAUAAUCAACAAAUCAAUCUGAAACUCUUUGAAGCAAACAGCUGUUUACAUAUAGCAGGAAAAAAAAGAUAUGUUUCCUCUUUAACUGAUACUUAAUAGCUGUACUUUCCUACAGACUUUUCUACUGACUAUAAUAAUAUAAUAGAAAAUUCUUGGUCAAAUGAAAUCCAUGAGAAACUAACUCAUUCUUUCCAUCUCCUGUCCCAUUUGAAUGGAUUCUUUUUCCUGAACAUUCAGUUCCAGAAGCUAGGGAAACUAAAUAUCUAUCUAGCCAUGACAUCCAAUGCCGAGUCAUAAUUACAAAGGACAAAAAGACUGCAGAUUUUCUGGUGUUCUUUAAUCAAGGUUUGACACCAUCAGUAAUUAUUGGACUUGAAGUGAUUUAGAAAAGAUUAGUCUUUUCAUUACUUUAGCAGACAUAUUCAGAAAAAGGGGCAAUUAACUUCUGGUGGCCGAGAUUCACAGACAGCAGGGCUUAUGUACUGCAAUAAUGUAUAGGUAAAUACUUGUUAACAGCAUAUAGAAAAUUCUAUUUUCAUAAAUUUCAGAGAAGCUGACAGAGUCUGGAUGAACCAUCAAUCCACUCAUUUGUAUAAAAUCUGGAAAGUUUGAGUCUUGCCAAAUAUUUACUUUCAUUCAUUCUGUUGUUAAGGAAUACUUUAUCCACUGAGUUCUAGAAAUUAAAAGCUAUUAGGUAUCAUGUCGAUAAGCCUAAUUUAAGAUAUCCCAUUAAUAAUGACAGAUAUUCCAGAGUCCAACCAGUGGCAGCAUCUUCCUAGCUUUGCUGAUUUCAAGAAGCUUAGCAGGAUUACAACUGAUUAGUACUUGGAUGGUAAAACCAUCAGGAACAUGAGGUCGGUAGGCUUGAUCAGGAAGUUGAGGAAGUAUCUUGGAAGAAGACUGUAGAAUACUAUUUCCACAUUGUUCCAAGACACCUAUGUUAUUAUAGCAUCACUAUUGUGAGUAAUCUAUUGCUAUUCUUGGGAAAAUUUAUUUCUAGAUAGGUUCGGUAAAUAUUGAUUCUAAAUUUACCCUCCACAAAACUUAUGAAGAAGCAGUGAAUCCAGUUAGUAGUAACAAUAUUUGAUGCCUCGUCAGAAAACAAGUUAUCCUACUCAUUAAAAUAAUAAUAUUUAGGCUCUCUUAGUAUUUUUGGCUUAGUUUGAGAUAUAAUCAUCAGAGCAGUGUUAGGUUCUGCUACUUAUUUAUCAACCAAAUUAUUUCUCUUACAUGGAGAACAUGAUUUCCAUACAUCAUCUUGUGAGCAUUGGCUAAAGUUUUAGGAACAGAAACAGUUUCUAUGAAGUAGAUAAAAAUACUUUGAAAACAGCAUUCACUCUAUGAACCAAAGGUUCUUAAUCCUACAGAUUUGUCAAUUCCUUUUCCUUAACACCUGUUCAUUUGAAGUAGUUUAUCAUAUUCACCUCCUAGAUUAGAUUCAUAUAUUUCACACUCUUGCUAUUACAGCAAGCAGCCAGAAGCAGGAUAUUUAGUUAAUUCCCUUCUGUACAGAUAUUCAGUAGAAGAAAUCCAUGUAGCUAAAAGUUGAACUGUGUAGUCUGUCAGGUACAGAAGACCAGGUCCACAUGUGAAGGUCCAAUUAAACUGAUUUAUUGCUAAACAGCCUAUGCAUAGGAAUUUCUCAACCAACAGUUAAUACUUGCUUGGAAUAAAAUAGGAGUCCACAGAAUCCAAAGUUGUUGGACUUAGUCCACUUAUGGCUACAUAGGGAUUCUAGGCUGAUGCCUCCUUUAACUCUACCCUCACAUGUUGUGAAUCUUACAGAGUCCUUGGUGCUUUCUGAACAUUUGUUUGCAGAUGUUUCAUCAUCUGACUAAGUAACAUCAUCAAUUCUAAUGAAUGUGAGAUUUGCUCUCUGUUUAUACAGAAUCGCUGUAUUAGUGAGAUGAGCAGCCUAGUAAUUUAAUAAAUAAAUAAUGUAGAAAGCACUUGACGUGCCAGCAUUGGGGAGUGUGGAUUCUCCUUGACCAAGAAGAAACUCACUAGCUUUGAUGAUGUUACCCAGUCAAGUUAUGAAAUGUCUGCAGGCAAACAACCAAGUUUCUUGGCUUCUUCUUGGACUAAGAGAAUCAUACCCCUAGCAACAUGGCAAAGCAUGAUACCGCAUACAAAAAGGGAGCAAAUCCUGCACUCACUAGCUUUGAUGAUGUUACCCAAUCAAGUUAUGAAAUGUUUGGAGGCAAACAACCAAGUUCAGAGAGCACCCAGGAUUCCACAGUCUACAGUUAUUCAGUGGUCAAUAUUCAGUGGUAGAUAGCCUAUUAGCAGAUAGUAAAUAAUUAUCAAUUUUGAACGAUGGCGUGAACAAGAAACAUUAGAAUAAUUUUGAAAAAACAAAUCAUCCCUUCUUCACCCACAUAAUUUAGAGGUUGAAGCCUCAAUGCCUAUGAGCAGUUUCUUUUGCUCUCACUAUGAUAUUUUUCUUUUAAUAUAACUUUAACCCUGUUAGCAACCCAGAAUCUCUUGGUGAGUGGCAGCUGUAUAUACUGAAUAAGUAAAAGAAUAAAUUUGCGAAAACUUAAAUUUCUCACCAUUUUAGGUGGGAAAUAAAUGAAAACUGCAGUGUUAAUUAAUAAAAAGGAUUUUACAUUUUUUAAAAACAUAGGAACAAUUCCUGCUAACCCAGAAAAAACAAUAUAAUGAUCUAUUAUAUGGCAAUGCCCUAUAUGCUUUGCACCAAAUACUGUCCAUAGUACCUCUUACAUUUCCCAAAGUACAUAAAUUAGUCAUUGCUGUCCUAGAAUUUGGGAAUCUAGCCUGCAAAUAGGAAGCUCAUAUGAAUUAUUUCCCGGUGUAUAAGUAUAGUUUGUUGACAAUGAUAUAAUGAAACACAAGGAAAUACACUUGCCUCAAGAAAGGCUAAUAUUGUAUAUCACACAGUUUGCUUUUCAGUGUCAUUUGUAUCUUCCUUUUCAGUUUGAUUUUGUAAAUCUGUACAGAUUUGCUUUCCAUUCAUCGUUUCAUUUGAGACAUUAAAUCAUUUUCAUUAAUGGAAAUAUAGUUCUUGAGCAGAAUAAUUAGACCCUCCUCAGAAAGAUAAAAGCUUAGCAAAUUGAAUGGAAGAUUCGUCUUCAGAAGCAGCCAAUUGCCUAAUCAGACUGCCUCCCACCUGACAGUUGGUAAUUAAGACAUGGUUGUGUGUUCAUGUUAAAACCUUAACAUGCAGGUGUCAUCAUCGUGUUGGGAUGUAGUGGAGGAAAGAACAAGUCUGGCAAAAGGUUGAGUUUCUGACAUUAGAGUCACCAUGACUGAUUUUGGCUGUAAGAAACACAGUGAUUGCACCAUCUCCAGGCUGCUCAAUGUGGUGGAAAAUGAACUCCUGGCUGGCAGAGACAAAGGGGACCCUACUGAGAAACAGCUCCAGGUUAUCUUGGAAGAUUCUGCCCUGUGGCAGAGGUUCAGAGAAGUUACAAAUGAGAUGAUUGUCACCAAGAAUGGCAGGCGGAUGUUUCCAGUUUUAAAGAUCAGUGUUUCAGGGUUGGAUCCAAAUGCUAUGUAUUCUUUUCUGCUGGAUUUUGCUCCAACUGAUAGCCACCGCUGGAAGUACGUGAAUGGAGAAUGGGUUCCUGCUGGAAAGCCAGAGCCAUCCAACCACAGCUGUGUCUAUAUCCAUCCAGACUCACCCAACUUUGGAGCACACUGGAUGAAGGCCACAGUAUCUUUUAGCAAAGUGAAACUUACCAAUAAGCUAAAUGGCAAUGGGCAGAUUAUGUUGAAUUCCCUACAUAAAUAUGAGCCUCAAGUUCAUAUUGUUCGGGUAGGAGGCCCACAUAGGAUGGUAAUGAAUUGUUCUUUUCCUGAAACUCAGUUUAUUGCUGUGACUGCCUAUCAGAAUGAAGAGAUAACAGCUCUCAAAAUCAAAUACAACCCUUUUGCCAAGGCAUUUCUGGAUGCAAAAGAAAGAAAUCACUCCAAGGAUGCUCCAGAUAUUGUCUCUGAAAGUCAACACAUGACAUAUUCUCACUUGGGUGGUUGGUUGAUUUCCAAUCCUGAUGCUGUCUGUGCAGCAGGAUCUUCUAAUUAUCCAUAUACGGGGAGUUUUUCUCUGCCUGCUCCACAUUCCCAUCAUGGCUGUGAACAUUAUUCAGCUCUAAGAGGACACAGAGCCGUUCCAUAUCCUGCUUCAUACAUGCAAAAAAAUAAUUAUCCAGUGACUCUGACAGAAAAUGCCAACAAUGAUUUCCAAGUGUCUCCAGGCCAUGAAGGUUGGCCUACAGGACCCUCCAGUCACCACAACAACCUGGUCCCAGUGCCACACAAUAGUGGUACUACUGCUCCAGGGCCCAGUCACUAUCCUUGCCUCUGGACUGUCAGUAACAAUGCUGUCAACGUUGCUAACCUGGCAAGUGAUAUAAGCAGCAGUUCCCCAUUUCUGCGAAGCAGCAUUGCGUUGCCUGCCACAUCCUCAUCUGGUUUAUCAGGCACAGUUGCCAGCAACAUGGACACCCAAUUGGAACCUGCUUUCUCCAGAUUAACUGAUUCAACUUGGACACCUGCCACCUCUCGUUCUUUCUAGUAGGCUGUGGGAAUGAGCACAUGAUCACCCAACAACAAAAUUAAAGGAUGCCAUAGCAUAGGAAAAAGCCACGUCUAAUAAGAAAUUCCAGUUUUGCACAAUCUGUUCUUUUUGUUAAUGAAGGAAUUAAUAAAUCAUUAUAAUAUUAUUCCUCAAGAACCACAUAGUAAUAUGUAAAGCAAGCAUGAAUUGGUAAAGUUUUCAAAUUCAUUUCACCCCUUAUAAUUCUGUAUAGAAAAUUUUCUUCUUUGUGGCACAACAUGUUGCUUUGAGAUUAGGUUGGCAAAAUAUCAUCUAUGCGCAAGAUGAAAUUGGAAUACCAGUAGAGGCUGAUAACCUUAUUUCUUAUAGCAGAUAUACUAAAAGUAACAAAAGAGAAGCAAGUACAGCCAUCUUUUUGAUUCUGACCCGGUCACUUCUGUCUUGACAUCCCUUUGACCUUUUUUUUGUAGGAGUGAAUCCUCUAAUGAAAUUCCAAAAGACAAAAAUUCAACCCUCAAAUUGAAUCAAUCCUCCUGCACACCUUCAAUUUGUCAUGUCAAGGAAAAGAAAGGAAAAAAGGGAAGGACAUAGGGCUGCUAUUGAUUUCAACUUAUUGAGGAAUACAGCAAUUCUGUUUAAAUGUGUCAUUGCUCAGUACAGAGAAGAUAUUAUAUCUCAGCAAUUUUCUUAAAUCCUCAUAAAAGGAAAUGAGAUUUUUUUCAGAAUGUUCAUGGUAAAUUAUGAGAGUGUCCAAGGCAGUAACAAUAUUUUUCUUCGAACUAAUUCAUUGGUGAAAUCUACCCAAUCCAUCUUCAUCUUUGUUUUGUCCUUCCAUUGUAGACUGUCAGUCCUUUAAACUCUAAACUCUACCCACCAUCCCUACUGGCAUUAGAUAAAUGUGUUGGAAUAAUCAUUUAAAAAGGACUAUUGUAUUUUUGUUGCUGAUAUCCAAUGAAAUUUGAUCUAUUCUGCUGGCUGGAAGUUCUCGUUGUUUCACAUUUUUGGGGUAAAUGUUUUAUGCUGUUUUCUAUUAUAGAAUAUGAUUUAUUCUGAUUUUCUACUUUUUCUGUGCCAUUUUGGCUUUCCAGAACAUUGCUCAUAUAUACAAUUGUGUAUGUGAUCCCAGAAUGACAAUAGACAUUUCUGUGACUGAAUCAUUUCAGAGAAAAAAUAAACAGAAAAGAUCAAUAACCACAUAAGUGAUUUAAUAAUGAAUGAAUAAAAUUAAUCAUAUGGAUUAUAUGUGUGAUUUUUUAAAAAUAUGCUCUCAUACAAGAUGGAAAAAGCAUGAGUUAGAAUUUUCUUCAAUGUUACUUUGUUUUCUGU